UUCCCGAGUGUUUACUGGUCUCCUGCUAUGGGGGGCACAGAAAGCAGCGAGGGUCGCAGAGUGUCCUUCGGCAUGGACGAGGAGGAGCGGGUCCGGGUGCUGCAGGGCAUCCGGCUUUCUGAAAAUGUGGUUAACCUCAUGAAGGAAUCCAACCAGCCUUCCAAAGUGGGCCAGCUGACUUUUCUUCCUGCUCUUCCACCUUCCACAUUUGGCACCUCUAAAGGCCCGGAGAAAGGCUCCAGACUGCCCAGGUCAGAGUAUGGUAGUAGCCAGACACCCUCAGGGGUGGAGGGGGAUCUCCUUAAGAGGUAUAAAAAGGAGCAGGCUGUAGUCCAGGAUGAGCUGUUCCAGGUGGUGAUGAAGAAAAGAGAGGCAACCACAAAGUACCGGAGUGCAUUCCUGCAUCGAGGGGAGGGCAGCGUUGACCAGGAAAAGCAGAAGUCAGCCCUGAUGCUGGCAUUAGAACUUGACUCUCAAGCCAGGGAGCUGAGAUGCCAGAAUACCCUCUAUAAGGAACAACUAGCGCACAUUGAGAGGAAGAAUGCUGAGAUGUAUAAACUAUCUUCACAGCAAUUCCAUGAGGCAGCUUCAAAAAUGGAGGGCACAAUAAAGCCUCGCAGGCUAGAGCCCGUGUGCUCAGGGCUGCAGGUUCAGAUCCUUCGUUGCUACAGCGACCACCUGCAUGAGGUGCUCCUGUGCUCAGACCUGGUCAAGGCUUACCAGCACUGCGUGACUGCUGCCCACAAGGGUUCAGAAGCAACUAUUGUUCCUGACCCUGGCUAUGACUUGGAGCCCUGAAGAAGGGACCAGUUAUAGGACUGCAGCCUAUAGACCCCCCAGGCCAUAGCCACUUUCUGCC